AUGUCAGAUGUCAACCUUUCCCCCGCUGACGAUAGCAUGACCAAAGUCGAGAUGCCGACAGAAGAAAUGGAUAGCGCUCGUAUUGCUGCACCUGACUCCGAUGGUCUAGAACACGUCACUCCUGGCGCUGUCAUCGUGCGGUACUUGACCCAGCACUCGCCAGAGUUUGCUGAACUUAGCAAGCUCCGAGAAAUUGGAUGGCAAAAUCCAGACGGCGAUCGCUUCUUCCAACGACAGCGUGCCCAAGCCACCAAUCCCACAGAGAAGACCAAAUUAUACUUCUACGAGAUGAUGAAGCGGAUUGGCGACGAGAUGCAGCGCAUCACAGGCGCUCUGAAAACCAAGUCUCCAGGCUCGGACUUCCCGCGAAUACUUGACAUGGGAAUGGCACCUGGCGGCUUUCUCGCGACCGCCAUGAGGCUAAAUCCCCGUGCCAAGGCUCUUGGACUCAGUCUACCAAUUGCUAAUGGCGGUUACCCAAGUCUCGUCCCGGAACGCGAAGACAUUGACUUACGAUACCUUGAUGUGACAAUGCUAGCGGCAGACCUCGGCUUUGAGGAUAUCCCAGCAGACCAUCCAGAUGCUGACAAGUUCUUGCCACGUCAAUUCGAGCCAGGUCGGAAGUUUGACCUGGUCAUUUGCAGCAGCUCAGUCGUCCGCGAGCACGAAGUGGGCGAGUACAGGAAAAUAACAGAGCCACGACGAUUAACGACAAGCCAGCUCGCCUUGGGCCUUGAGCGGCUGAUUCCUGGCGGGACAAUGGUCGUGCUAUUCCACAAAGUGGAGGCUUGGACAACGGUAGUUCAACUGUAUCGGUUCAGCAAGUUCUGUGAGAAGCUGUUUCUGUUCAAACCGACAAAGGGGCAUACGAAGCGCUCGUCGUUCUACAUGGUCGCUACAGGCGUGCAGAGCCAGAACCCAGAGGCCAUUCUUGCGAUUGAAAGGUGGAAGCAGGUAUGGCGAGCUGCUACGCUGGAUGUAGAAGGGACUGGUACAAUGUUACAGGAGUUGGAUGAAGAGGAGCCAUCGCCGGAAGAAAUAUUACGAGAGUUUGGAGAGGAUCUUGUGCGGUUGGGGAAACGCGCUUGGUCUAUACAGGCAGACGCUCUCAGGGAUGCGCCUUUCAUCACUGGUCACCACUCAAAGACAUUAGAGCAAUGA